AUGCCCGUACCCUUGAACUUGGUUGACAGAUGCCUGCUGGCGAAACUGACAGUCGACGCGUUCGACCGACAGCAACAUUUUUUCAAGCUCAAGACCGGUGUGAUACAUAUGUUUCGAGGGGAGCAAACCACCUCGUCAGUCGUCGACUGGCCUCUGCUCAACCGAAUCGGGAUGAUAGAUCUGCUCUGUCCCAAUAGGCACCAAGAUAUAAAUGUGAGAUUCACAGUCGAAGACCCGUCAGGCCUGGCUAUGAACGUCGCCAUCGGCGACUUGCCAUUACAAGUCGGUGAUGGACUGGACAUGGCAUCGCUUGAUCAGACUUACGCGAAGGGGGCCAUCUUGGCUAUUCGGGAACCUCGCAUCAGGUUCAUUCAACCUACGGGGUAUGAAACCGAGAUACGAGUGGACGUGGCAACCGACAUAAUCCGCGUUCACGAGCGUGAUCCUGAGAUUCGCCAUGUCCGUUGGAAUUAUCCGUCCCCUCAUGUUGAUACCCGAACACCUGAAGACCUUAAAGUAGAGGGUAACAAAGCGGUACAGGCUGGUAGAUUUUCGUUGGCUUGCGCACUCUAUUCCACGGCGCUUCUGUACCCUUCAUCCGAGAUGGACCAAAGUCUUUCCUUCGCCCUUCGUCUCAAUCGUGCUCUCACCAACAUUCGUAUGGGUCGUUAUGCCACCGCUCAUCUUGACUGUUUGGACGCAGAGAAGCUCAAGUAUCAACCGACUCCCACGCAAGUCGAGAAGGUCCUCUGGAGGAAGGCUCAGUCGGCUUACGGCUUACGUAUGUGGUCUUUGGCCGGAGAUCUCGCUCAAAGCGCUUUCGAUGUCGGACUUCAGGAGGCCACGACCAUGAUCCAGGAAGUGAAAACUCGUCGCGAAGAAGAGUCCGGGAAAUACGAUUGGGAAGCACAUCGCCAAACGCUCGCCAAGAAGGGUACGCCAGUGAUGUCCGAUUAUGUUGGCCCUAUUCAGGUCGUACAUAUUCCAGGGCGUGGACGUGGAGUCGUGCUGACUGCCGACGUGCAAGCCGGUCAGCUUCUCUUGGUCGACACUAGUCUUUCAAGCAGGGAAUUGCCUGAAAACCCAAAAUUUGUGGAGACGAACCUUGAGGAUCAAAGCGUGAAGUGGACUGUUGCACUUCUAAGGAGUGCAGCAAUGUACCAGCUCAUGGAUGAUCCUGGAAUGGUGGAACUUUGGAAUGAUUUGAGUCGUAGCAAAGCUAAGCCAAGUCAUCAAAUCCCAUCACUGCGCGUUUCCCGCACUGUCGAGACCCUUCGAAAGCCCGCCAUAGUCGAUCCGAUGGCCAUUGGUCACGCUAUUCGCAUCAAUGCCUUCAUGGGCGCCAAGGGCUAUGCGCAUACUGUCGUCAUGCGCGCUGCCGCCGACCUGAGCAAAGGUACCGAGUUGACCACCACCUACUGCGAAUCGUGCACCAUUCCAUAUUCAGUCCGUACCGCUAGUCUCUCAUCCCUCUGGGGCUUCCACUGCGCCUGUCAGCUAUGCCGCGAGGAUGCCGCCGAUGAUCAUGUCUCGAGAGAACGGCUCGUGAAUGAAUACCUCAAGUCCGGUAAGGUGACGAGAACCUCUUUCGCAACGCCCCACUACGCUUCGAUGAUCUUGGACACCAGCAAACUAAGUGAGACCUAUCACCCAUCGAGAAGGUACAAACUUUACAUGUUCCUUGGCUUAAUCACAAGGGCCCUGGCGACAAGCGAUCGGGAAGUGGCCAUGGAGGCUUUCAAGGCACUUGGUGCAACGCCAGCAACCCCCGGGCAGCUUCAACGGCACGGAAGAGUACUUCAGACCGUUGGCGUUAUGGAUGAAUCUUACAUGGCUGCUCUAAUUGCUGUUGCAAAGACAUUCAAGAACGAAGCGGCUGAGUGGGUCAAUACGGCUUGUUGGGCGCACGAUGUUAUGCGUGGGGGAGGCCGACGAUACUUUGAGGCCAAGUACGGUCAUCAGAUUCCCAAAGGGGUAAAAUGGGUAUACAAAUGUCCCAUCAUACAUGUAUAUAUAUCAUCGGAGUUGAGGAUGAGUAGGUGA